AGCUCCAUCAUGGACCAGCAGCCUGUUGUCCCUCAUGUAGUGUUCCUUCCCUUCCUUACACUAGUUCAUGUCAAACCAAUGCCCAUGCUAGCAGAUCUUCUUAGCCAUGCUGCUUUUCAAAUCACUUUCGUCGAUUCCAUUCAGAUCCAAGAUCAUCUUGAACCAUCGACGAACCUAGCAACACAAUGCAUUGUCGCUUCUCUAAGAUUAUGUUUGUUUAGGAGAAAACAAGUUUCAUAG